GACAUGCCCUCCCAAUCCUCGUGACUUCAUAAUUAGCGUCCUCCAUCCACUCUUAAAUUUUCCAGUGAUAUAUAAAUCCCAUUCCAAUCCCCCCACUGAUAAGCGCCAAAUCCUUCCCCUGUUUAAAAAUGGAUUUUACCUUCUUCCCAAUUCGAACCACAACCCUCCUGAUGCUGGCCUUCACAAUCCUCCCCAUCUUUGUCCACUCCUACACGGUGAUCGUCUCCGACUCCGGCGCGCCGUCCGCGUUGGUGGAUGCGCCGCAGGCGACGCAUUCCGCGAACGGCGACCGCGCGCGGACCGACCCCCGGGAGCAGGAGGCGGUGCGCGAGAUCAUGCGGGCCACCGGCAACGGCUGGGCGUCGGAGAUUCCCGACGUCUGCCGCGGCCGGUGGCACGGCAUCGAGUGCGUGCCAGACACGGGCGGCGCGCUCCACAUCGUCUCGCUGUCCUUCGGCGCGCUGUCCGACGACACGGCAUUCCCGACCUGCGACGGCGGGGGCGGCCGCCCGUUCAUCUCGCCCGCGGUCACCCGGCUCCCGCACCUCCGGACCCUGUUCUUCUACCGGUGUUUCGCCGGUAACCCCCAACCGAUCCCCCCGUUCCUGGGAGAGCUCGGGCCGAGUAUCCGAACCCUCGUCCUGAGGGAAAACGGGCACGUCGGGCCGAUUCCGAACGAGCUCGGGAACUUGACCCGGUUGAGAGUCCUUGAUCUCCACGGAAACACCCUCAACGGUUCAAUACCGGUUCACCUAAACCGACUUACCAGUUUGAAAUCGCUGGACCUGAGCGAGAAUAAGCUGACCGGUUCAAUUCCCAAUUUAACCUUCCCGCUCUUGCAAACUCUGGACCUAAACCAAAACCACCUCGUGGGCCCGAUCCCAACCAGAGUCACAAAGUGUCAAUCGUUGAUAAAACUCGAUUUGAGCCGGAACCGGUUGUCCGGACCGAUUCCGGAUUCAAUAGAUUCCCUCAAGAACAUAAUACUAAUGGACUUGAGCCACAACAAACUCACAUCUCCCCUUCCAAGCAAUCUCAAGAACCUCAAUUCUCUUCAAGCUCUGAUUCUUAGCGGGAACUCGAUGUCCUCUACGAUCCCAGAAUCCAUUUUCGACGGGUCAAACGAGUUGACCAUCCUAGCAAUGUCGAACAUGGAUCUCGUGGGACCCAUUCCUGAGUCGCUCGGGAAGUUGACCGGUCUCCGAGUGCUCCACCUGGACGGGAACCGACUGAGCGGUCCCGUCCCAGAGAGCCUCGGCGAGGCGAACAACCUCAACGAGCUAAGGCUAGAGAACAACGAGUUGAGUGGGAGGGUGCCAUUCAAGAGGGAAAUGGUGCUGAGGAUGAGGAGAAAAUUGAGGCUCUCCAACAACUCAGGAUUGUGUUAUGGUGACGAAAAUGCCCUCGGGGAUGGUGAUCUUGAGGCCAUUUCUGGGAUUGGGCAUUGUGGGAAGAAGAAGGAAAAGAAUGAGAUUGAAGUGGGGAGAAAAGUGGAAGAACAUAUGUGGGGAGGAUCAACAAAGUCAGAAGAAAGAAUGAGCUUAACAAUGAGAAGGCCUCAAUCUCAGCCACUGCUGAAACAGCCCAGAUCAACUUUCACGAAGAGAGGAAAAGCUUUGGGUUAUGAGUUCGUUGAAGAGGAAGACUGCUCCAGUGACAUUGCAGGGCCAAAGACUUGUAUGGCCAUUCAGAAACGCCUGCCCUACAAAAGAUGUGAAGAGUACUGUGGUGAUCAAUAUGGGCUAUGGAGGAAUGAACAGAUGAUGAGAGCAGGGAGACUAGAGAAACAGCUGAGGGCAAGAUGGUCAAUUGAGGAUCUGAUUGAUGAGCAGCUGAACCGUUUCCAGGCCCAAUACAAUCAGGCCCAGAUCUCUGUCAAGCUCAAAGACAUAGCCCAACUGUUGAUGCCCAAAUGGGCCGCACCCCGCGAGCUCGCUUCCCUCUAUUGGUUUGGGGAUUGGAGGCCCUCCACCAUACCGGGCCUCCUUCACUCUCUAGUCCAUGCCUCCUCCGCCUUCCCACCAACCCUCCGCAACUCCCGGCCCAUAAAGACCGUUUUGCCCCUGCUGAUCAACGAGCUCCGGGUGGAGGAGGCAGUCAUAGAUGGGGAGAUGGCCGAGAUACAGUCCAACUGUAUCUUCCAUCUCCCAUUUGGGCUUAUGAAGAAGAAGAAGGGGAAGGGGAAGAGCAAGAAUGGAGUGGCCUUGGCCUGUGUUUAUACUGAGUUCAGAAAGGUCCAUCAGGUCCUCAUCAAGGCCCAAAAUCUGAGGAUGAAAGCGAUCCAUAUGACUGUUAAGAAGGUGUUGGGCCCAACUGAUGCUGCAGAGUUCUUGGUUGCAUUUGCUAGAGUCCAGGAUCUGGUCCAUCAGGCUGCCAUGGCCCAGAAGCUGAAGUCCGGCCCAGCUUCUGUGGUUACCAAUACAAAGUUGUAGUAAUUGUUGGGUGUAUUGAAUUUACGUUUUUAACCUCAGGAAACAGCUAAUUCUGAACAUGAAGUGAAGCAUAUGUUACAUGUUUGCUUGGUCUUUUGUUGCCUUGAUAUGCUGAACCAUAUACUUGUAGUAUAAUACUGUACUAAAGAGUAUGGGCAGAUGAGUCAUUUCAUACAUUGAACUCAAAUGAGUAUGGAUUUACAUUGAAUCAUCUCAAUGUCUCAAUUUAGAAUAAACUUCUAAGUACAUG